GAAAAGCAUCUACCCGUUUGGUAAGACACUAAAGGAAGCCGCCAUGGCCAAAGAGCUACCAGAAUAUUCCAGUAUAUACGAUUUGGUUUCGGGUGACAUUACUGUCCUGUACUUGGAUGUCUGCUUUAAGGUGGCUGAACGAAUCAACGAGUACCACGAACACGGUUGGCUUCACCGAGACAUAUCGGCAGAGACCAUCCUAGUUGCAAACUCAUUUGUUGAUUCAAGGACCUUUCAGGUGUUUAUGCCACGACUAGGACGAAUGUGCAAAUAUCCAAUUAAUACCACUCAGUCGGGGAAGUUCAUCAAGGGAAAGAGUUUUAAAAACAGAAUCAGAUGGCUACCUGCAGAAGCUAUUAUUGACGAGGUAUAUUCCCCUCAGAGUGACGUGUACAUGUGGGCCGUCAUGUGCUGGGAAGUCCUCACUCUCCUACACCUGUGGAAAACAACCCAACUCGAAGUGAAGCGCUUUCAGUGCCUUUCUGUAUGGUCAACGAAGAUGAGGUACAGUACUAGUGGUGACUGGCUAUACUGUUAG